GACCCCGGUGCCGCCGCGGCCCCUCCGGCGCGCGAGGCGGCCGUCGACCCAGACCCCGACCUCCCGCCCGGCCUGCCCGCGGCGGGCGGCGGCGAGGCGGAGGCAGAGGCGGAGGCUGGCGCCGCAGGCCCUCCCAGGGGUGGCGCUACGGGCCCCAAGGCGCUGUUCGACGACACGGGCGGCGUGGUGCUCCCGCCCAAGGAGGCUGGCCUGCUGCGGUCCGCGAUGCUGCUCCCGGACGACGAGCUCGUCGAGCUGCUGCGGCUGACGCUGGAGACGAGGCCGUCGAUAUGCGAUCACGUGGCCGAG